GGGCACAGCUGAGAAUCAGGACCAUUACAAAAAGAAGCCUAACGGCCACCUCCACGAUUUUUGUUCUUCUUCUUCAUUUGUUCGUCGUGCGGCCGCAGUCACUCGUUUGUCAUAUCCGCAGUGCCGUCACUCCUUGCAGUCAGCAAUCACGAUAUAUCUUUCUGCUCAUUUUGUUUUAUAUCUUUUAUUUUCCCCCGGAUCUCAUUCAAGAUGCGUGUGCUUGCUCUCGCUGCCCUCGCGGCGCCGCUUGUCUCGGCCCUGCAGUUCACUGAUCCCGUCGCCAAUGCCACCCUUCACAAGGGUGAGACCUUUGACCUGAAGUGGUCCACCGUCGAUACCGACCCCACCGACUUCAGCGUGUACCUGGUCAACUUUGUCAACUGGCCUCCUUACUAUACGCCUUUGGCCUAUAACAUUGAGCCUUCUUCCGGCGAGCUCAGCGUGACCAUUCCCUGCGACAUUGAUAGCUCCUAUGGCUGGCAAUUCAAUGCUAUCAACGGGACCAACGUCUACGUUAUCUAUGCCCAGACGCCCAAGUUCUACAUCAGCGGUGGUCCCUGCUCGGUUGAUUCGCCCUUCCCGACCGGGGCGCCCUCGAGCUGCGCGCCGGCGGCCACCGUUACCGUCACGGUGAGCACAACCCUUUCGCAGUCUUCCUUCUCCACUCUUCUCUACGCCAACUCCACCGGAACCGCCAGCCCUACUACUCUCAUGAAGCCCGCCACCAUUACCAAGUCCCCCAUUCCUGGAAAGUGUCCUGACACCAUUGGCUGGGGCCCUUCAGGCUACGGUAAUCCCGUAAAGCUGGCCGCUGUCCCUACCGGUCCCGGUGACGUCCCCGCGCCGGCCACCACCGCUCCGCCCAUGAUCAACGGUGCUGCCUUCUUUGCCGAGACUGGCAGCACGAGCACCAUCUACCACACCGUCUACAAGGAUCUCUCUGAGGUCCAGGAUUGCAUGUGCUAAGCAACAUGGCUCGUGCUGCCAUGCGAGAAACAAAGACGAAGGAAGCUUGAUUGAUGGAAGGAUUUAAGGAUGUGAUGGAGGGUGUUUUGUUAGG